AUGUCGGCCUUGAUACUCUCGCUUUCGCAAGAGCGCAUCAAGUCACGCAUGCGUUUAGCCCUUGGACGGCCGCCUGCUCAUAACUUUUCGCGUGGAAGAACAGACGAGCAAAAGCUCACGAACACUUUAACCCGUAUGCGAGCCGAAGCCUCGACACCUGUCGCCAAAGAUCUCGUGCGAAGAAUCUCAGCAUUGACACAGAGAUUCGAAGAGAUAUUGGGCCCGGACAAGCCGCUGUCGACACACGAGAUGAAAGAAGUUGUAAAUGAAAGCUUUUCAAUCACCACUUCUGACGGAGCUCUGCCAUUUCGAACCACUUUGAAGCACGCUGGUCUCAAUUGUCGCAAGUGGUUCAAUAACAAGUUUAUCAUGCAAAUCGACAAGCUCGCCGCAUACCAUCGAAUCCCGGAUACCCUGGCUCGAGCAGCUUACAGGAAAGCAACAAGGCCGCUCUUUUCCAGCAUCAAGAUCGAGUAUAUUGAAGCCUACCAGUCUCGGCUGAGCCCUGUGUCGCUUACCGGGAAGAAAGUCGAGUGCCAUGUCCAUGCGGAAGUUCAAUUGGUCAUACAUUAUCUACAGUCAGCGAAAACGUUGCCGCCCCGGUUCAUCGGCAGCAGCAAAGGGGCGUGCUUUCUGUGCCAUCUCCUCAUCGUUGAACAUGGUAGCUUCGCAGUAUCGACUUGGCAUGGACGUUUAUUCGACCAGUGGACUAUCCCUGACCUGGCGGAGUAUACUCCGAAAAGUGUUGCCACUCUCAGAGCCAUCAUACAGCGCAUGCAUGACAAGGCUUCGCGGCUCCGGACGAUGCCACAUCCACGGCGCCCCUAUCCUCUCACGAGCAGACACAAUUUACAGAAUUUUCCAAAGUUCUCGCCUGCCACGACAAUAUUGACUGUGAAGCACGCCUCACAACCAAGCGUUAUCCAGCCGAUAAGUCCCAAUCACGAUGCCCCUCGCGACUCUCCAGAUGUUGUAGACUUUUCCGAACCAUUACCGACACUUUCAACCGCGGGGCUUGACAAAGAAGCCACAACUACUGAUGGGUCAGAAACACCAAUGCAACGAAGCGUCCGGACUCCCACGGAGGACAUCGUCGCACCUCCUGCACAGGAACACUCGGUGGCAAGCAACCUAACAUCGAGCGAUGAGUGGUGGGAGAGCGGGUCGAGCAAGUCAACUAUCACAGGAAGCAGCGCGCGUCCAGUACGGCUCCUCCCCAACGUACCUCGCUUUGCCGCGGUAACAGGCUUGGAAAUAAUGGCGGAGAUCCAAUCACCUGCGGUGGGAAUGAUGACCUUGAAGACGAACGACUCCUAUGACUCGUCGGGAUGCCAUGUCAUCAGAGUGGAGGAGUUGGAUGCAGGAAGAGAGGUGACUUUUGACCGACGCGAUAAUGAGCCUUCCAUCAUACUCCGCUUCCAGGAACAAGAAAGAUUACUGUGUUGUGUGAUAUUGGAAUGGGCCUGA